UAUAGGUUUACUGCUCGUACUCUCUGCUGAAUUUAGGGUUUCUGCCGAGCCUCCUUCGCAUCCUCCUCUUCUUCUACUAUCCGGAGCCCUCAAUCAUGGCCGAACAAACAGAGAAGGCGUUCUUGAAGCAGCCAAAGGUGUUCCUUUGCUCGAAGAAAUCUGGGAAGGGGAAGAGACCCGGAAAGGGAGGGAAUCGAUUCUGGAAGAGCGUCGGACUAGGGUUCAAGACUCCCAGAGACGCCAUUGAAGGGACAUACAUUGAUAAGAAGUGCCCAUUCACUGGCAAUGUUUCUAUCAGAGGUCGUAUACUUGCUGGUACUUGCCAUAGUGCCAAGAUGAUGAGAACAAUCAUUGUUCGGCGCAACUACCUUCAUUUUGUUAAGAAAUAUCAAAGGUAUGAGAAGAGGCAUUCCAACAUUCCAGCUCACAUAUCUCCAUGUUUCCGUGUGAAAGAGGGAGAUCAUGUUACUAUUGGCCAGUGCAGACCAUUGUCGAAGACUGUGAGGUUUAAUGUGUUGAAAGUGAUUCCGGCUGGAUCUUCUGGUGGUGGUGGAAAGAAGGCCUUUACAGCAAUAUAAGUUAGUAUCUCAACCAUCUGAUAGUUGCAUUUGGGAGACAAUUGCACCAGAUUGGCUAUUGUGGUGGAUGGAGCUUCUUGCCAUUUUGAUUUGCUAUUGGAGGUUUAAGUUUGUGUACGUGACCAAUAUGUUAUUUCCAUGAGUUAUUUGAAUUUCCAAUUUUAAUGAGUAAUUUAGUUUCAGUAAGAGCUGGUGUGAACUUGUUUUUAGACGGGUUAUUUAUUGGAAUGUUACUUCUUUUUCUAUGAA